CCCCCACUACCACCACUACUACCUCCAAAGACAAAACCCCGCGUGGCUGUCACACGAAGCGGCGGCGAAAAAAAAUCGGGCACCGGCAGAAACAACCACAACCACCCCCCUCCACCACCACAACCAUCACCACCACCACCACGACAACAGCAACAGCUCUACCACCGCUGGCUUCUCCCCUUGUUGUGAGACGGUGCCUCAUCAACCUCAGCCUGAGCAACCAUGGUGAAGGAGACUGCUUAUUAUGACACCUUGGGCGUGAAUACAAACGCCACUCACGAGGAACUCAAGAAAGCAUACCGCAAACUCGCCUUAAAGUACCAUCCCGACAAAAACCCCAAUGAAGGCGAAAAAUUCAAACAGAUUUCCCAGGCAUACGAGGUUCUGCUGGACCCCAAGAAGCGAGAGCUUUAUGACAUGGGAGGGGAGCAAGCCCUCAAGGGGGGCAGCAGCAACAGUGGCAACGGCUUCAGUAGCCCCAUGGACAUAUUUGACCUCUUCUUCAAUGGCGGCACCCGCAUGCAGAGGGAAAGGAGAGGCAAGAAUGCUGUACACCAGUUGUCUGUGGGCUUGGAAGAGAUGUACAAUGGCUCAACCAGAAAACUGGCACUUCAAAAAAAUGUGCUGUGUGCAAAGUGUGAAGGUCGUGGGGGCCGCAAGGGUGCGGUGGAACGCUGUGUGCCAUGCCGGGGAACAGGCAUGUACCUGCAGAUCCAGCAAAUUGGGCUGGGCAUGGUGCAGCAGAUCCAGUCUGUGUGUCCCGAGUGCCACGGCCAUGGCGAGCGCAUCAACCCGCGGCACCGCUGCCGCUACUGCAACGGGCGCAAGAUCGUUCGCGAGAAGAAGAUCCUGGAGGUGCACAUCAGUAAGGGCAUGAAGGAUGGCCAGAAAAUUACAUUGUAUGGCGAGGGCGACCAGGAUCCAGACCUCGAACCUGGGCACAUCGUCAUCGUUCUCGACCAAAAAGAACACCCUGUGUUUCACAGGAGAGAAGACGAUCUGGUGAUGAAAAUGGAAAUUGAGCUAGUUGAGGCACUGUGUGGUUUUCAGCGAUCCAUCAAGACUCUCGACAACAGAACAAUCCUCAUCACGUCUCAUCAAGGUGAGGUCAUCAAAGAUGGCGAUGUCAAGUGCAUACUGAAUGAAGGCAUGCCUCUGUAUCGUGACCCAUUUGAGAAAGGACGCCUCAUCAUCCAAUUCAGUGUGAAGUUCCCGUUGGCGGGAUUCUUGCCGGCGCACAAACUGCCGCAGCUGGAAGCCUUGCUGCCUCGGCGUGAGCGCUACGUGCAGUCAGACGAUACCGAGGUGGUGGUGCUUACAGAGCUGGACCCGGCACACGGGCGGUACCACAGCCACUACGCCGGACAGGUGUACAUGGAGGACGAUGAAGCAGACUACCAUCAGCCACGUGGCAUGCCAUGUCAGACCUCAUGAGCACUUUUAUUUCCACGUUCAGCACUCGCCCCCCUCCGUUGCCUUCCAAAUAUAGAAGCGGAUUUACGUGGGGGCACGACCAAGCCCAGAUCAGGUUGACUUUGGUGCAUUUGUUUGAGACUUGCAAAGCAAUGACCACUUUUGUACAGUUGGGCAACAGGCCCCUUUGCAAAUAACUUUCUCAGCAGGUUUGUACAAAAUGCCAGCAACAAAAAACUUAAUAUCUUUGAUCGUUUGUGUAGAUUUAGGAUGCAUCAAGUGUGAUUUCUAUCGGGUUCUCAACCCAUCUGGGUGUGGCUAUCCUUCACUUUCAAUGUAUUUUAUGUAAAUGUGCAAUCUGAAUUUGUGUCAAUAUGCCCUUAAUUGUACAAAAAAACCCUUGUGUUGGAAAAGCUUCAGGUAGAUAUUCCAUUUCUGUAUUUCCAAAAAUGUCCCCACAAAUGUAAAUCGUAUUACACUGGUUGUGGGUUAAUCUGUAUAAGGUUGACUUCAAAAGUUACCAGCAGCACAAUAAAACAAUUGAUGUGA